AUGAUGUCAGGAGAGGCAUGGUUAUACCUGUUGGCGGUACUUAUCAAUGCCGUCAAUCUGUUCUUACAAGUGUUCUUCACUAUUAUGUAUAGUGAUCUCGAGUGUGACUACAUCAAUCCUAUCGACCUUUGCAACCGUUUGAACACGUACAUUAUUCCUGAAGCGGCCGUCCAUGGGUUCUUGACCUUUUUAUUCCUCAUCAACGGGUAUUGGGUCGCGCUUGUUCUCAAUCUACCACUUUUGGCAUUCAAUGUUAAGAAGAUUGUUGAUAACGCACAUCUUCUAGAUGCCACUGAGAUCUUUAGAAAGCUCAAUGUCCACAAGAAAGUAAGAUAA